CACGCACGCGGGGUGACUGCUCAUCAGGCGCAGGUGCGUGGACUUGCUCCCCACGCAGCUUGAUGACGGGACAUUGGCGUCUUCGGAGGCACACCGCCAAACUACAAGAAGCAGAGAGGAUCUAGCAGCGGAUGGUAUCGGCUUUUUUCUUUUUCUUUUUUCUUUUACCCGUCCCCCACCCACCACCACCACCACCCCGCUGCCCGCCCCUCUUCUCGCCGGGACAACAUGCACGUUGGAUUGAAUGUGGAUCCUCCAUCGCUGCGUUGAAUUUCUGGCAGCGGCGGCGAUUGGCAUCGACAUGAGGACAUCAUCCCGGCUGUGUUGCGUUUGAAACGUAAGGGGAGGAAAAAGAAGGGGGGUAGUUUCUUCAGCUGUCAAGGACGCUACAAAAAAAUAUAUAUAUAUACAUAUAUAUAUAUCGGGAGAUAAAAGUGGAAGCGGCAUGGAGCAGGACGACACCGCGAACGCGUCCAAGAAGAGCAUCAUGGCGACAAUCUUCAAAGUUCGCAAGAGGAGGGAGAUGCUUUUUGUGCAGGUGUGCUUCAUCUGCAGUGUCCUCUUCGUGGCGUGGACCAUGUCGGCGCUCUUGACUAAAACAGGCUACGGCAUGAUCCUGGAGGACCGUCCCGAAGUGGAGCGCUGGGGAAGGCGGCUAAUGGCCUCAGCAGCCGAAAAUGACACCGAACCCAAGAACUGUUCGGAACCAGCAAUACACGAGUUCCCCGAUGACUUUUUCAGCAACAACGAGCGGAAGAGCGGCGCCAUCCUGCUCCACAUCGCGGCGGCCCUCUACAUGUUCCUGGCCCUCGCUAUCACAUGUGACGAGUACUUUGUCACGUCACUGGAAAAGAUCUGUGAGAAACUUCACCUCAGUGAAGACGUCGCUGGCGCCACCUUCAUGGCAGCUGGCAGCUCUGCGCCCGAGCUUUUUGCCUCGGUCAUCGGUGUCUUCAUCACCCAUGGAGACGUGGGGGUGGGGACCAUUGUUGGCUCAGCCGUCUUCAACAUCCUGUGCAUCAUUGGAGUCUGUGGGAUCUUUGCAGGACAGGUGGUCAUGUUAACUUGGUGGGCAGUUUUCCGAGAUUCCUUCUACUACAUCUUGUCUGUCAUCGCUCUUAUUGCAUUCAUCUACGACGAGAAGAUUGUGUGGUGGGAGAGUUUAGUCCUGGUGGUCAUGUAUGCAGGCUACAUCCUGAUCAUGAAGUUCAACUCCAGCAUGCAGUCGUUCUUUAUGGGCAGCUCCAAGAAGAACGUGGCCAACGGCAACGCGGCGGCCAGCAGUGAAAUGGAGGACGUGAAGCCCACCAAGGCUUACAGCCGCGGCUCCGUGGUGAUGGUGGACGAGAUCAUGAACGCCAGCCCUUCCAAGUUCCGCUUUCCCGAAGCGGGCCUGCGUGUCAUGGUGACCAGCCACUUCGGCCCCAAGACCCGCCUGCGCAUGGCGAGCCGCCUCAUCAUCACAGAGCGCCAGAAGUUGGUGCAGGCGGCCAACGGCGUGGAGACGCAAGUGAUCGACGGGAAGGCAGAGAUCGAGAACGGGAACGUGCCGGAGGACAAACCCACCGAGGAUGAGGAAAGCGGCAUCUCCCCGUUCCGUAUUCCCAAGGGAGUCGGCAACAAGUUCAAGUGGUUGAUCGCGUGGCCUUUGCUGCUUUUGUUGUUCAUCACCGUCCCAAACUGUGGCAAACCUCGUUGGGAAAGAUUCUUCAUGCUCUCCUUCAUCCUCUCCACCGUCUGGAUCGCCGUCUUCUCCUACUUUAUGGUCUGGAUGGUGACUAUAAUUGGCUACACUCUGGGCAUCCCUGACGUCAUCAUGGGCAUCACCUUCCUGGCAGCGGGUACCAGCGUGCCGGACUGCAUCGCCAGCCUCAUCGUGGCUCGCCAAGGUCUGGGAGACAUGGCCGUGUCCAACACUAUUGGGAGUAACGUCUUUGACAUCUUGGUCGGACUCGGGGUCCCCUGGGCUAUUCAGACCAUGUGUGUGGAUUACGGAUCCGAGGUGAUGAUCAACAGUCGGGGACUUUUGUAUUCAGUGGUGCUUCUGCUGGGCUCUGUGGCCCUCACAGUGCUGGGGAUUCACCUGAACAAGUGGAGGCUGGACCCCAAGCUGGGCAUCUACGCCUUGCUUCUGUACGCCGUCUUCCUCUGCUUCUCGGUCAUGAUCGAGUACAACGUCUUCACCUUCGUCAACCUGCCCAUGUGCUUCGAGGACUAACUCAGCCAGGAGCCCCCCCGAAAAGCUCCCAAAUUCCUCCUCCUUGGACCUAUCCCUCUCUCUCCCCUCGUAUUGUUCAGUCCCACGUUUGUCCACCGGGUGGCACACUUGAGCCGUGUCCCCUGGCCACGGACCGACGGCAGGGGGCGGACCUACACGCUGGUUCCGGGGCCUUGCCUGUUCCUGUGCGGUAUUUUUCUGUCCAAAUCUUUCCACUACGCAUGUCUCACACCACGGAAGAAUCCUCAAAAGGUUUACCGAGAACUCCAGGACCCAAAGAGACAAGCACACUUUAUUUUUCUUUCUUAAGACCCCGGGCCUUGUCUUUGGCAGCUCCAGCAUGGACUUCACUGUCCUGGCAUGACCUGUGCCACCAGGAAUUAAGACACUCUCCGACUCUUAAAUCACCUGCAACUUUUUUUUUUCUCACCUUUUUUUUUGGAUUGCAAAAAACAAACAAACUUGAAGCUUGUUUUUUUUCCCGAGAUACGAGCGACCACAGGGGGGCGCUGUCGUCAUUCAGCCAUGGCUUCUGUUGCACUUUUCCAUGCAGAGGUGGAGCUUGACUUGUCUGCUAUUGCGUCCUACGGCCAGCAGAGGGUGCCAAACCCAGCAUUAUAGUCAGUCAUCAGGGACAGCACCAGGGGGCGCUAUGGUCUCGAAUUUGCGGUGGUAUGUAGAUACUGCACUUUAACACUCAUUCUCAAUCAACUAGUGCUUCCUUCUCUCUGUGUGUGUGUGUGUGUGUGUGUGUGUGUGUGUGUGUGUGUGUGUGUGUGUGUGUGUGUGUGUGUGUGUGUGUGUGUGUGUGUGUGUGUGUGUGUGUGUGUGUGUGUGUGUGGGGCUCCACGCUUGUUGAAUCUAUACCAUGAGCACACCCACCUCUUGUCUGCAGUGCAUGCCGGGACGAUAAAUGCAGUACCGCCCCCACCCACCCCAAAACUUUUGAAGCACAGCAUAGGAAAAAAUAAAUAAAUAAACCUGAUUGCAUCUCCAGUUUUACAACACACACACAAAAAAAACAAAAAUGGAAGAAAUCGGCAGCUACACAACAAUUUGUUGCAAAAAUGCGAGAAAAGGAGCCGAGGUCUGGUGGGUGGUCGGGUGGGGUUUGCGUGAAUAUUUGAAUUUAUGCAAUUUAUGCAAUCUUAAUGUAACUGUGCGUGUGUGUGCGAGAAAGAGUGACACGAGAGGCCCUGCCAGGUCGCCAUGACGAUGUUGUCCCGUCCAGUACUACUGUGUGAGCUCACAGGUUGUUUUUUUGUUUUGUUGUGAUUGCUGUUGAACUGAGCCAAAGGUGGGACUUUUCUGGAAAAAAAAACAAUGGCCUCACAGGAAGACUUUUUUUUUUUUUUUUGCAUCAGAAAGCUGGAGUUUCUGUAUGAUUUUUUUGGGGGGGAGGGGAAUUGUCACUUUAGGAGAGGGCCUGCAUGAGAGCACUUAAGGACAAACAAAGUUGGACCCCCUUAAGAUGCUCCUCUGUAGAUACACUUUAUACACCUGCUCUUUGACUUUCUUGCCGGAUGAGUUUUUUUGUUUUUUUUUCCACCCCCCGCCCCGCAGAGGACAGGAAAAAGAAGAAAAGUGUACAAAGCAAGCACGCACACGUCGAGGAGCGCUGACCGCAAGGAGAUUUUUUUCUUUGAACGCGACCUGAUGCACUGUGAGCUCAAUGUGAUGUGGCAGUUGUUGUCGAGAAUUAAAAAAAAAAGAUGAUUAUAUAUUUAAUGUAAAGUUAGUUACUAUAAAAAAAAUACUGUAUAACUUAUAUGAAUGUAUUGUCUUGCUAUACUGGACAUAUCCAACCAAUGCAUUUUACUGUAAAGCAAUAAUGUGAAGAAAAAAAAAUAAAACGGCAAAAUUGUUCCUGUUUGUUUUUAA